AUGGAGAUGAUCAGCAAUAGAGAAAACCCAAUUGAGAAGAAGAGCUUUGGUGGAACUGUUUCACUACUGCAAGGUGAUGAACACUUCUUCAAUAGAGUUCUUUCAAGAGAAUCUGCAAAGGGUUUUUCUUCACGUAUUUAUUAUCGAAAUGCUGGAGUUGUUCCUUUCGAAUGGGAAGCACAGCCAGGGAAACCUAAAAAUAACCCACCAGAAAACCAAUCACACCUUCCGCCGCUUAAUCCACCGCCAGCAGUGUUGAGCUCAGGCUUUGCACGCCCUCCAUGUAUCCCACCAGUCAAGGAGACAAUCCCUAUAAGGGUUUGGAAGAAGAUCAAGAGAAGUGUACGUGGAAAUAAGAAGAAUCAAAUUGAAAUUUUGGAGAAAAAGGAACAUUUUGUAACUAACAAUAAUGGUGGUGGUUCAGAAUGUGGCCAAAAAAUUGAGUUUUGGAGUUCAGACUGCGAGUCUUUUUCAUCACCAGCUCAUAAAUCUACUUCUUUGACACCUUCAUCUUCAUCAUCGUCGUCAUCUUCUUCUUUUAAUUCUUGUAAUCGUUCUCCGGUGCCGAUGAUAAGUUCAAAGGAAGAGACGGCACCGGCGCCGGGAGAUCAUUUCGAUGAAAGCAAAAGGUUUGAAGGGAUUAACUUGGCUUGGGGUUGCGCUCCAUGGAAUAUCACUGGAGUUCUGGUUCAUGUAGCUAGUAGAAGAGCUUGA